CUGUCUCUGAGUAUUAUAAGCCGCUCUUAAAUGAAGGGCUGAAUUUCAGUCUGAACGGCCGCUAAUGGGGGCCCCUCAUAGGUGCUGGUCAUCUAUAAAACUUCCUUCCAGUGGUCCUCUUUUGUUUGUGGGAACACUGUGGCUUCUGUCAAUGAUUAUGACUGCAUAUGCUUGCCCUAAGAUCUGUCACUGUACAGACAGGAACGGUUUGGUGGUGCAGUGCACCUCACACAACUUAGAGAAUGUCCCACAGAACUUGCCCAAGGACACCGUUGUUCUCUUACUUUCAUCUAACCGGAUCAGACACAUCCCAAAGGAGGCCUUCACAGACCUGCAUCGCCUCCGGGAACUUGACUUAUCUCACAACGCCAUUGAGAGCGUGGAGGUCGGUGCCUUUCAAGGAAUUUCCGAUAGCCUGCGGACCUUGGAUCUGUCAAACAAUCACCUCAGUAGCCUCCCCAAGGACACCUUCGCCAAGCUCCACGCCCGUGUCCGCCUGUCCCACAAUCCUUGGCACUGUGAGUGCUCUUUGCAGGAGGUGCUGAGGGAGCUGAGGCUUGACCCCGAGACGGUGAAUGAGGUCAACUGCUACACAUCAGUGCAGGAGGAGUACAUUGGACAACCGGUGAUCCAGGUCCUGGACUCUGGGAUCAACUUUUGCAAUUUCCACCACAAGACGACUGAUGUGGCCAUGUUCGUGGCCAUGUUCUGCUGGUUCUCCAUGGUGACAGCUUACAUCAUUUACUACAUCAAACACAACCAGGAGGAUGCCAGGAGGCACAUGGAGUACCUCAAGUCCCUGCCCAGCACAUCCCACAUUAGCAAGGACUACGACACAGCCAGCAGCGUGUUUUGAUGUGAGAAAAGAUGGUGUACCAAUGAAUACAGAUGAAAGAGUCCCAAUGAAUAUGUUUACGGCACAUAAGGAUCAAUGAUAAGUGAGCAUUGUAAUGAGUGAUUAACUCUAUGAUAUACACUGCACACGGUGCAAAGACAUUAGGAAGAGGUUCAAAAAUCUCAUCAUUAUCAAGUACAGGCUUAAAAGUAGCA